AUGCUGCAGUCUCUGUGGAAAAGCAUCUCGUCGUGGGGGGAUCUGCCCGCUAACUUCCCCUAUACACUGGGAUCUGCGGUACCUUAUAGCUUUGAGCUUCCUGGUGGAUUUGUACAGCUUUCUGCGACGAGCACAAAGCUUGCCCCCAAUAGUGCUGUAGAUGGCGCCAGUGGACAGCGCCCAAUUUUGGAUGCCUUGCUUAAUCCUGGUAGCGCGGCUCAGGUUUCUGUAUUUGCGCUGAAACGUGACAAACAGCAGUCGCCCCCUUCCAGAGGCAGCGGAUCAGUGUCCCAGCGCGCAUUCGACCGGGCGAGAAACCAUCUCGCGAAAUGCAAGACACUGCUCCACCCCAACCUACUCAAAGUGCUCGGCACUUAUGAAACAAACAAUGCCCUUUACAUAGUGACGGAAUGCUGUUUUUCCCUCGUCCACGUUGCACAUCUGAUCCAGCUGCAAAAGCAGCAGCAAGACUUAGCUGCUAAACGCCCAUCAUCACUGCCUCAUCAACAAACAAGUGACCCUCCCAGUGGUGUCAAUGGUACACUGUCAGACUCUACACGUAAGGCAGAGGCUGCAGCUGCCGCUGCAGCUGAGUUGGCAGGGAAAUCAUGCUGGAACCUUCUCGAGUUAGCAGAAGGCCUCUCCUUCCUGAACGACCAGUGCAGGCUUGCCCAUGGAGAAGUUUCCCCUUUUUCUGUAUUCGUCACGCCGCAUGGGAAGUGGAAGCUAAGCUCGUUUGUACUGACACGCCCUUUGGAGGAGGUAAGUUGGCCAAGCUUCUACACGGAAGUUCUUUCCAGCGCCAGCGCAUCUCAGGGAUGGGAACCACCAAGGCCUUCAUCAGGAUCUCGCCCCGACAUUCUUGACAGGUGGGGGCUUUGCUCAUUGUUUGCCUGGUGGCAAGACAUUCGCCGGGAUCCCUAUAAUUCAGCUCGCCUUCUGCGGCGUAGUGGCACUGGUGGAAAUUCAUGCGGCGUUUCUCUGGGCAUUAAUGAUACAUCUUUCCGUAAAGCAGUGCAUGGACUGGAGCCUCCUUUACAACAGCUGAUGCAGAAGAUACUUGACUCACGGGGCGGCGCAACGCCACUCUCCAAACUGAUUGAUGGAGGAGACGCAUGUUUCGCAGGCGAUGCUUGUUGCCAGUUUCUAACAUUUAUCCGGACUUUUCCCGUCAAGACCCAUGUGGACAAGGAAGCUUUUUUUGAGCAGCAGUUGCCCGCAGCCCUUCAUCAGCAGCAGAUAUCUUCUGGCUUGGCCUUGCACUUGCUGCUUCCUGAAUUGGCGCUGUUGCUCAUGAACAGCAGCGCAUCAGCAUAUCACUGCAGCAUUCUUAAGUGCAUCAUGUCUAUGGUUACACCUCUUUCGACUUUAGGAUGCUUGCAAACCUGCAAAAGCAGCAGCUCCACGGAUGACGAUGCCGCAUUACCAUUACAGCUCUUCUCAGAAGUUCUGGCGCAUGCAUUCGACAGCUCAGACAGAGCUAUUCGAUUCACUCUGCUAUCACAGCUACCUGCAGUGCAGAGUUUGCUACCGGACUCUUUUUUUGGGCGGACUUGGGAGCCCCUAAUUGUUGGCCUUGAAGAUUCCGCUCCUCCUAUAAGGGCAUUCACUGCACGGAUAUUGUCUCUCUAUGUAUCGCGCUUGCCGCGUGAUGCUUCGCAGACCUCCUCUGUAUUUGUUCUGCUUGAACAACGCCUGCGAGACGCUGCAGGGGGAGUUCGGCUUGAGGCUGCAUGUGUUUACUGCGCCCAAUUUCUACCCUUAGCAGGUUUGGUGACUUUGCUUGCUGUCGCGCCUGCGUGUUUCUUGUCGCCCUCGCCGGCUGUUGUAGCCGCAGCUCCGGUUUGUAUCCAUGCCCUCACGGAUGCAGCAAAAGCGAGGGCGGAAGAGAAGCAGCAACUAUCGGCACACUUAACGCAAGCGGAGGCAGAGCAGCCAUUUCGGCACGACAGAGAUAAUUGCAAAUCUGCGGACGGUUGGCUAACGACAGUUAAGAGCCUUGGGGUCGUACUAGGAUUCAGCAAACGUGGGGACGAUUCGACAAAGGGUGCCCUCCACAAGAACAGGGACAGCGGCGGCCCCCGCCAGAACAGCGCAGGCAACGUGCCUACAGAAGCUGGCAGUAACCCCCUUCGUACUUCUGCACAUGCUCCUCAGGCACCUGAAGCUCCGUACUCCAGUGCUCCUCCCAGCCGGUCAACUGAUGAGUUUAAAGAUGCACGCGAGCCCAUCAACUCAUGGGGUGACGACACAGAUAUUCCUGCAGAUAUAUGGGAGACCACACCAGAUUUCGAAACACCGAGUUUUUCUCGAAGUUCUGGCGGAAGUGACGGCACCAGGGGCGUCGUUUCCAGACUUGAGAGUCACGCAGUGGUCCAGAAAGUCCAGGGCAGCUCAACCGAGAGCAGGGCGUCUCGUGUGCAUCCCGGAGCAUCUGUGAAUCCAAGUAACACCGGCGAGCUAUUCAGAUCCUUUCCUAACUUGCCAAACAAUUCACACCGUAGUAAAUGCUCUAAAGCCGGUAUGCGUCUCCAGGGAGGAGCCGCACCACCGGAAUUGGCAGGGAGUGAGGGCACAGGUGCAACGGGCUCAGAGGCAAAGAGGAAGCCCCGUAAUUCAGCCACCGCUACGAAAGCAGGCGAUGCGGGAGAUUGCUUCUCAGCAGACGAUUUCUUUGCUUCUGUGGAAAGAGAGGCAGCCCAGCGGGGUUUUUGA